AUGUCAACUAUUUUGGCUGCGCGUUAUCAUCAAGGUAAACCCCAGGCUGCUGCAACUGACUCAUCGUCAAAUGGAGUGGAUUUUCAGGAUAUUCAUCACCAAGCGUCGAACACAUAUAAAAAGAAGUGCUAUUUUAAACACAUUCAUUGCCAAUAUUCGCCUGUCUGUUUAAUUUUGUCUCCACUUGCUCUUCUUCUUCUUGGCACGGGCAUUGCUGCAAUGCUUGUCGCCUUGAUCGGCAUCCCUAAAAUGACAAUAACAACAACAACAACAACAGCGACAACCGCAACAACAGCAACAACAACAACGGCAACAACAACAACGGCAACAACAACAACAACAGCAACAACAACAACGGCAACAACAUCAACAACAUCAACAACAAGUAAUCUCUCUUGUUUUUAG